AGGCGGCCGUUACCACAGCACCGCCCUCCCCCCUCCUCCCUCUCCCGCCGCCUGCGGCCCUGCGCGGCCCCUCCAAGAUGGAGGGCUGGCGAGGAGCUUGGUAUGUGCCAUGUCUAGCUUCACAUGAGACCCUCCAAGAAUUAUGUAGGAAGGAAAAUCUGAGAUGUAAAUCCAUUGGAAUCACCAACAAGAGUCUAAAGAGUUAUGAGGUGGAAUAUUUGUGUGACUACAAGGUAGAAGAGGGCAAAGAAUACUAUCUUGUGAAAUGGAAAGGAUGGCCAGAAUCUUCAAAUACUUGGGAACCUCAGAAAAAUCUGAAAUGCCCAAAACUUCUUGAAAACUUUCUUAGUGACAAGGAUGAAUAUUUAUCUCGGAUGAAAGGAGGCAAAGCACUGAAAGUGAGAAACAGUGUUAAAGCUUUGAAGCCUGCAGUUGCAGAUUACAUUGUAAAGAAGGCUAAACAAAGAAUAGCUCUGCAGAGAUGGAAAGAAGAACUCAACAGGAAAAAGAAUCAUAAAGGAAUGAUUCUGGUAGAAAACACUGUGGAUCUUGAAGGUCCUCCUAUAGACUUCUAUUACAUUAAUGAGUAUAAGCCUGCUCCGGGGAUAAAUGUAAUAAAUGGAAUAACAACUGGCUGUGAAUGCUCAGACUGCCCUGCUGAGAAGUGCUGUCCAAAGGAAGCUGGUUUUAUUUUGGCUUACAAUAAACGAAAGAAGCUGAAAAUCCAGCCUGGCUUGCCCAUCUAUGAAUGCAAUUCAUUUUGCAGGUGUGGUCCUGACUGCCCUAAUAGGAUAGUACAGAAAGGCACACAAUAUUCUCUUUGCAUCUUCAGAACUAACAACGGCCGAGGCUGGGGAGUGAAAACCCUCCAGAAAAUUAAGACCAACAGUUUUGUGAUGGAAUAUGUUGGAGAGGUGAUUACAAGUGAGGAAGCAGAGAGACGAGGCCAAUUCUAUGACAACCAGGGAAAUACAUACUUGUUUGAUUUGGACUAUGACUCAGAUGAGUUUACAGUAGAUGCAGCUCGAUAUGGAAACGUGUCCCACUUCGUGAAUCACAGUUGUGAUCCCAAUCUUCAAGUCUUCAAUGUAUUUAUCGAUAACCUUGACCUGCGUCUUCCUCGAAUAGCACUGUUUUCCACAAGAACCAUCAAGGCUGGAGAAGAGCUGACCUUUGACUACCAGAUGAAAGGUUCUAUAGAUCUGACUUCAGACUCUGCUGAUGGUCUGAGCCCAUCCAGAAAGAGGAUCAGAACAGUCUGUAAAUGUGGAGCUGUGUGUUGCAGAGGUUAUCUCAACUGAGUUUGAGUACCCAAAGUCACAAAUACUUUGUUCUCUUCUAAAAGAGUUUUAAGGAGACUCUUCUUUCAUACAUACAUUAUUCUUACAGCUUAUGUAAACAGAUACAACGAAAACAAGAUGUUAUGUUUGUAAUUGAAAUGGCAUUGGCCAAAGAAAGAGAUCUAGUGUUUCAGGUUGAAACUGAUAAUGUGGAUUAAAAUUUAAUUUUUCUAUCAUCGUUAUUUAGGAAGCAGUAAACUAUAUGGUAAGAAAACUCUUUAACAUGUACCUUGAUUUGAAUAUUAAGUGUAAGCUCACAGCGGUAGGCCUUCUAGGAGCUGAUUUCAGUGAGAUAAAGUGGUGUUGCAUAUUUUCUGUACCUUGCAAAGAAGGUAUUAGAAGGCAUUCAAUUUGAGUCCUAAAUCAUAGCAGACAGUUCCUUUUCUUUUUUUUCUUCUCUUUCUUUCUUUCUUUUAUUUUUUUGUGCCGGUGUGUAAAAGAAAGGCUGAGAGAGUAAAAAAGAGAGAGUAGCAAUAACAUCUGUGGCACCACGAUGAGAGGCAUCGGAGCACGACUGGAAGGCGGCUCAGAGGGGUGCAAACUGGAAAAGCUCCAUUGAAUUCCACACAAUAAAAUCGUCGGUGUUAGUUGAGUCUGGGGGUGUUAAACAUCUUCACCUGAUGUCAUGUUGCUUAGAAGCUUUAUGAGUAGCAUUUCUUAAAUCGUUACGUUCUGACUUUUAGUUCAGAUUCUGUAGGAGGUCUUCUUUUCUGCACAGAAUUUGUAAAUAUUGGGUUAUUAUUGGUAACACACUGUUUUGUUUUCAUUGCAGAAAUUUGGCAGUCAUUGCUGAAAAAAAAAAUACUGGCUACAGUUUGGGAAUAGAAAACAAAGUAAUUUAAGGAAAGCAGCCUAUUGCCCAUCAACACUGAUGCAUUCUGGAGAUAUACUUAGUAAUCUGUUAGGUGUAGAAAUAGCCUGGGAAUUGAUUUGUAUUAACAGUUGUUUUUGCUUAAGUUUUUACAUACUGUGACUUUUUUUUUUUUAAAU